AUGAAGAAGAAAUCACACGAAGAGUCGUCAGAAGCUGCCAGCAAAGAAGAAUGCAACGUACAAAGUGAGAGAACUUUAAGCCAACCGGAUGAGGAGAACGCAAUGUGCGAUGCAAAAGGGUGGGAUGGUAGUGAAGAUCGAAAACUCAGGGAGUACGUACUUUCAGUGGCUCAAAAGUACUAUCCUCACUUGGUAAAAUGCAUGCAACAAGGCGAUGCUAAUCAGGCACCCUCCGAUGUGCUUGGGGCAGACGAGGAGACCGAUGCGAAGCACAGUCCAAAACACAAUCUCACCUUGUGCCACGCUCAUUCGGCAGCUUGUAUCCAUCAGUGCGAGGGUACUCAACCACCCUCAGGGGUUCGCAGCACAGACGCUGCGAUCCAUGGGGGACCCUGUUCGAUACACAGUCUGUGUCUAUGCCAUCUCCAGCCAUCAAUCUGUAGCCAUCAUUGCGAGGCCACUCAAAUGCCCUCCAAUGCGCUCGGUGACGACGAGCCACCACUGCGAGGACAGUCAGACACUCUGUGA